GAUCUAGGUUACACUCAAAUCAUUGAAUUAGCCCUCCUUUCCUUGACACAUUCAAAUGCUACCAAAACUCCCUCUUCUUCCUUGUGUAUAAAUGUGUCAUCUCAUAUUUUGUUUAACUCUCAUAGUGUGGCAUAAAAAUGGAGAAGAAUAGCCAUCUCCCUCUUCUGUUCCUCCUCCUCUCCGCCACAAUCAUUCCGUCCGCCGCCACCCGGCCAACCGCCAUAUACGCCUUCGGCGACUCCAUUCUCGACUCCGGCAACAACAACAAGCUCCUCACCGUCUGCCGCGCCAAUCACAAACCCUACGGAAUCGACUUCCCCGGCCAGAGCCACACCGGAAGGUUCAGCAACGGAAAGCUCCCCGGAGACAUGCUCGUCUCCGCUUUCCGCAUCAAGGAGAUCUUGCCUGCCUACGCCGACUCAACCCUCGACGCCGACGACCUCGACACCGGCGUCAGCUUCGCGUCCGCGUGCUCCGGCCUCCACGACCUGACCGCGGCCGAGGUCGGCGUCCUCAACUUGGACAAACAGUUCCAAAAUUUUGAACAGGCGUUUGUCAAAAUGGAGGAGGGCUAUGUACUCCCUACCUACCUACCAUGA